AUGAAGCGAACAAGGCAUACGACUGAGCAGAUCAUUGAGAAGUUGCGUCUAGCAGACGUUUCCCUUGGUAAGGGCCAGAAGGUCCCGGAGAUCUGCAAGACGCUUGGGAUUACCGAGCAGACCUAUUACCGCUGGCGGCAGAAAUACGGUGGAAUGGCUCCGGAGAUGGUCAAGCAACUACGGGCUCUUGAGAAAGAAAACGCCCGGCUGAAGAAGCUGGUGGCUGAGCAGGCUCUGGACAUGGAGAUUCUCAAGCAAACCGUCAUCAAGGUAAGUCGUCGUUUGGGGCCCGAGAAGGUCUCGGAACGCCGGGCUUGCCGGGUAUUGGGCCAAUCGCGAUCGACUCAGCGACACGUGAGGCGUCGUCCGUCUGAUGAAGCGAAGCUGUUGGCCGAGAUGCGGAGGAUCGCGACCCGGCGUCCCCGUUUCGGCAGUCCGCGAAUUCACGAUGCGCUGACCAAGCGUGGCUGGAAGAUCAACCACAAGCGUGUAGAGCGUCUUUGGCGGGAGAAAGGCAUGCAGGUGCCCAGAAAACAGCAUAAACGGCGUCGACUCGCGUGUGGUGGCAGUGAGAACAGCUGCGUGCGAAAGCGUCCACUGAGACCCAAUCAUGUAUGGAGCUACGACUUUGUCGAAGACCGUACCGAGAAGAACCGCAAGCUACGGAUGCUGGUGGUGAUCGAUGAAUUCACCCGCGAGAGCCUGGCGAUCGAAGUAGCUUGGUCUCUUAAGUCGCAGCAGGUGAUUGAGGUGCUUCAGUACCUGUUCGCCGUGCGUGGUGCUCCCGAGAACUUGAGAAGCGACAACGGCCCGGAGUUCGUAGCCCGAGCCGUGACACGUUGGCUGCAUCAAGCCCACGUGAAGACAUUGUUUAUUGCUAAAGGCAGUCCCUGGGAGAACGGCUACGUGGAGAGCUUCAACAGUCGGUUUAGGGAUGAGCUGUUGGACCGCGAGCUAUUCGUUAGCCUUGAAGAUGCCCGCUGGGUUGUCGACCGCUGGCGGCUCGAUUACAACCACCAUCGACCACACAGUUCGUUGGAUUACCAGCCCCCUGCAACAUUUGCUGCCCGCUGCUGUUCUUCCGUUCGGCCUACGGCCUCACUCCAGAACAGCAGCCACCACUUAACCCCAGAUUCUCUCAUUCAAAGUGGACGAAGAAGGGGGUAA